GAAUUUCAUUCUUGUUGCCCAGGCUGGAGUGCAAUGGUGUGAUCUCGGUUCACUUCAGCCUCCGCCUCCCAGGUUCAAGCAAUUCUCCUGGCUCAGCCUCCCAAGUAGCUGGGAUUACAGGCACCUGCCACCACACCCAGCUAAUUUUUUUUUAUUUUUAGUAGAGAUGGGGUUUUACCAUGUUGGCCAGACUGGUUUCGAACUCCUGAUCUCAAGUGGAGGUCACCCAUCUCGGCCUCCCAAAGUGCUGGAAUUACAGGCUUGAGCUACCAUGCCUGGCAAGUAUAAUUUCUUAACAGUUAUGAUAAGUAAACGCUUUGGAGCUAUUUUAGUUUGGAUAGAAUUGAAAAAAAAGUCAUUAUGUGGACAAAUUUUAUUUAAAAACAUUAUUCUAGUGUAAUUCCUUAGGCACAAUGAAAAAAGAUGUCAGAUAAAUUAUGCCUUUGACUAUAACAGAAAAUCUGAAGCUUUAAAUCAUCUCACCUCCCACACUGAAAUUCACCAAAACAGCAUUCGAGAAGAACUUAGAUUUAAAAUUCUAGUGUGGGUGGUUAAGUGUUCAUAGCAUAUUCUUAUUGCCAUUGUAAGUAGGCAUUUGAAUGGAAUGACAAAAAAUGUUAAUUUAAAGGAAAUGAAACUUUAAAUGACACUUAGUCAUCAAAAAUGACUAGUCACCAAAAAUGACCAAUGCUUCCUUCAAAUUUUAAAUAAUUAUAACCAAAUAAAGGAAGCCAUCUAUAGUUUACUUAAAAUCCCACUUUCAACCCCAGAAGGCAGAGUUCAGGGAUACUUUAGCAGGUGAAGUAAAAGGGGAGGCGGCUCUGAAAAGGAGAGAUAACAGAGAAAAAGCAACAAAUUCAGCAUACUCUGCCUAAAUCACUGGUUGAUCUCUGAACUAUGCAUGUAUGAGGCAGAUUCAAUUCUUUCAGCGAAGGCUAAAGAACUACAUGAGAUUUUAGUUGUUCCCCAUGAAAGGAGAGACAAUGUAGGGAGUGUGAAUACAGCCAAAGGAACUACCCGCUAAAACAAAACGAAACAAAAAACCCUCUAAUGCUUGUUGGAGGAACAUAAUAGAAUCAGGAAUCUCUGCACUGUAUUUCUCAAAUGUCUAGAAUACAACCACAAGAUUACUAGACAUUUAAGAAAUAAGAAAACAUGAGUAAUAAUAAAAAUAAAUGGGAAAAAUUAAUGAGAAUUAACCUCAAGAUACACCAGAUACUUGAAUCAGCAGACAAAAUUUCAAAGUAGCUAUUAUAAUUGUGCUUAAAGACAUAAAUGAAAAUGUACCUGUAAUAAAUAAGCAAAUAGGAAAUCUCAUCAGAAACAGAAAUUGUAAGAAAAAAUAAAAUUUGAGAACUUAAAAAUAUAAUAUCUGAAACAAAUCACAAGAUGAUUUUAACACAAGGUUGGAGGUGACAGAAGAAGGAAUCAGGGAACAUGGGAGACAGAUCAAUAGAACUUAUCAACCUGAAGGUCAGAGAAAAAAUAAUGGAAAAAGAGGACAGAGGUUUGGUGAGCUGUGUAUAAUAUCAAAAGGUGUGACAUAUUUAAUUGGAAACCAAGAGAAACAGAGUAAAAGAAAAUUAUUUGGAGAAAUCGUCCCAAACUUUCCAAAUUUGGGGAAAGACAUAUAUUUACAGAUUUCUAAAGGUCAGAAAGUGCUGAGCAGGAAAAAUCUGAUGAAAAUCAUGUCUAGUCAUAUCACAAAUUAUGGAAAACCAAAAAUGAGAAAUUCUUUAAAGCAGACAGCAAAAAUGACAAAUGACACAUAGGGAAACAUAAAGGCAAGCAAACAUCUGAAUGGCCUCUGAUUGCUUAUCAGAAGCAAAUGGAGGCCAGAAGACAUUUAAAUAUAUCUUUUAAUUUAACAAACAUCUCUUAUAGAUGGCAGAUGGCUAAGAUUUGCCUCUUAAUCCAUUCUGGCAAUCUCUUCCUUUUAAAUAGAAUGUUUGGUCACUAACAUUUAAUGUAAUUAAUAACAGUUGAAUUAAGGCUUCUCAUUUUGCUAUUCAUUUUCUCUAUGCUUUAUAACUCUCAGCUAUAAACCCUUUUGGAGGUUAUAUGUAAGAAAUAUAGGGGAACAAGACAAAAAAAUGACUGCAAAAAUAUGAGUAAGGUCUGAUUAUUAGAGGGAAGUAUUAUAACCUGAUUUUGAUAAUUGCAUUGUGGUGGUUCAGAAAAAAUAUGCAUAAAACCAUAAAAUAUGGUAAAAUGUGGAUAAUUAUAGAAUCUGGGUGAGGGGUAUACAGAAGUUCUUUGUCCUUUUAAUAAAUUUUAUGGUAAGUCCAAAAUUAUAUUAAAAUAAAAAUUAUAACGCAAAAAAAUGAGGCCAGAAAUUAAAUGCUGUCUAAAUUCCAGGUGAGUCUGAAUGAUUAACUUGUAAGACAAAAAUUAAACGUAAUAUUUUUUCUUGCUUUUUUAUCCUAAUUAGGGAAAACACACCAUUGAUCAUGAAUUCAAAAGUUCUUCUCAGACGGUCCAGGUGUCCAUUCUUCCUGUUGACAAAUGUCUCCUGUAAUAUUUUCAGCUUCAGAUGGGUGAGAAAUGUAGUGAAAGGGAAACUUGAAAUUAGCCUAAAGCAGAACUCCUGAGGAAGAGGAUCACUUGGGAAUGAGAGUAUAUACCAUAAGCUAUCAUUCACUGCUCUUGGCCUUGGAAGAAAAGAUUCUGGUUUAAAUUCCUGGCUGAAGAGGCAACAUAAUAUAGCACAGUGGUUCCCAAACUUUCCUCCACGUUGGAAGUACCUGGGGACUUUAAAAAGUACUGAUGCCAGGGUUCCUCUUCCCCUGCCCGACUUUCUAAUUUACUUGCUAUGGGGUAUCACCUGGGAAUUUUUUUUAAGUUCCUGAGGUGAUUCUAAUGUUCAGCAAACUCAGAAAGCACUGGUGUAGAGGUGAAAGUGUGUUGAAUGGACUCUGGUUCAAAUUUGGACUCCAUAUUUUACCAGUUGGAUAAUCUUGGGCAAAAUACGUUAUUUCUCAGAUCCUUGGUUUCCUUAGCUGUAAAGCAGGAAUGGGAACAUCUUUAUUGCAGAGUCGUUGGCAGCACAAUGACAAUAUAUGCAGAACACUAAGCACAGUGCCUAGCACACAGUAGACACUCAAUACAUGGUGUUACUUAUUUUUGUUAUUUUAAUUUUCUAUUUUUCCAUUUAUAAAUAGAUAAAUAUUCCACAAACAAUUUCUUAAAGAGGAAUAAUUAGAAAUCAACUUAUGUGUGCUGCUGGGGUGUGUAUAAUGCAGCUACAAGCUGGGAUCCUCUUUGUUCUGAAGUUGAAGUCUCUUGCUAGAAGUGUCCAGGUACAGGAAGACAGUAGCAGUGAGGACCCAGGUCACCACAUAUUCUUGGUAUUAUUACCUCUCAAAUCUCAACAGAGAGUGACAGAUGUCAUAUUGUCCUUGCACUUUUUUUUACUUCAUUGAUUGAAUGUAUUAAAUUAGAUCAUCACAUUCAUAAAGAUGAAAUCAAUCAUAUUUGUUGAGAUAACUAAACUAUUGGCUUCGUACCCUGGAUCCAUUUCUCCUUUUCCUUCCUAAUUCUUACUUUAUUCAUGUUUCCAUCCCUUUCCCACUCAGCCAAGUGCCACAGGUAGAGCUGACACCUUCCCAAGAUCCAGGUGGUCUCUGAGGCCUACAGGCGAUCCCAUUCCUGUUUGCAGUGCUUAGCUCAGGGUACACAUGUGAGCCACUUCUGGCCAUGGGAUGUGAAGGCAUGCUUGCUGGGGGCUUUUGGGAAGUUCCUUUUCUCUUAAGAAAAAAUCAUAAGAAAAGGAGUUCUCUUUUUUCUCUCUAGAUGUUAUCCCUGGAAUCACUCUAGCCAUCUUAGCCGAUGUUCAAUCGGGCAUUGAGAAUUGAAGUGCAGAGUGAUGAGAAAAAUCUAGGUCCUUGAUACCAACAUUCAACUCCUGAGUCAAUAAAUUCUGAAGCCUCCUUUAUGUCUGGAUGACAAAUUUGUGAGCUGAUACACUUUUUUAUUGAUUAAAGUAGUAGAGGUUCAUUUCUAUUAUCUGCAGCUAAAAGCCUCCUGGUAUAAGUGCUUUGUAUUAUCCUUUCAAUUAUUCUACAUUUCACCAUCACUUUCAAAGCAGUAAUAUUAUACAUUUCUAAUUUGCAUAACUUACUACAGUUUUCAAUUUUUUUUACCCUAGUUAACACAAAGUCCUUGAAGUGAAUAUCAUCUUUAUCAUUAUUUUAUUUUAGUAAUAAGAAACUGAGGCUCAGAAAGUUUAGGUAACACAGUAGGAAAUGAUGAAACUGAAACAAGAAAUCAUGUCUAUUUGAUUGUUUUUUUCCUGUAAAGACAGUCAUUAAUGGUCUUCACCAAAUGUUUUCAUUUCUUCUGACACAUGCCAAGAUCGCACUUCCCCAUCCUUUUGAAGUUACUUGCAGCCAUGAUAAUUGUGCUGGCCCAAUGCAAUGUGAACAGGUAAAAGACAUAUUUUACUUCUGGGCCAAAGCUUCAAGAACCAGUGCAUAUUUUGUUGUCUUCUCUCUCUCUAAUGCAGAUAACAGAAGUCCCAUGAGCCUGGGUCCCACAAAGAGACAUGGAGUGUAGCAUCCAGCAACGUCGUUAUAAAUUUGUAGUGGGAAUUAACAAUACACAUUUGUUGUUAUAAACUAAGAUUUGGUUAUAAACCACUAAGCAUAACCUAGCCAUUGCUGACUGAUUAAUUCAUAAAGUGGCUAUAUCACUUUGUGUUUUUAAGUGGCAAUAAUUUAACUCAGUUCUCUAUUAGAUACCUCAAUUCUAAAUAGUUUUUUUUCUGAGAAAUGUACGUAAAUUUUAUUCAGAAAUAGUAGAGUUUUAAAAAUGUUAUUUCGAUAGUUUUUGUGGAACAGGUGGUUUUUGGUUACAUGGGGAAGUUCUUCAGUUGUGAGUUCUGAGAUUUUGGUGCACUCAUCACCCAAGCAGUGCACACUGUACCCAAUGCGUAGUCUCAUCCUUCACCCCUUGAGUCCCCAAAGUCCACUAUAUCAUUCUUAUGCCUUUGCAUCUUUGCAGCUUAGCUCCCACUUACAAGUGAGAACAUACAAUAUUUGGUUUUCCAUUCUUGAGUUACUUCACUUAGAAUAAUGGUCUCCAACUCCAUCUAGGUUGCUGCAAAUGGCAUUAUUUCAUUCCUUCUUAUGGCUUAGUAUUCCAUAGUGCAUAUAUAUCACAUUUUCUUUAUCCACUCAUUGGCUGAUGGGCACAAAUAAUAAAUUAAUUAGCUAAAAAUACAUUUACAUAGUCAUCAUCAAACCAGGUGUACAUUUAGGUUAAUAAAACUGUAGUUCCUGAUAGCUUUCUUUGAGACAAACAGACUUACAUCAAUUUUUCUCAACAAUUGAAUCCUAGACAUUCUCUGUGUAUUUAAAAAUGUUGCCUCAGUAUGGAGAAGUUGUUAGGAUGAAGUGCUAGUGCCUUAUCUGAAAAGUAUCUCCCUCCUCCCAGCAAGCCACUCUGUUGGGACUACAUCCAGCGCAGAGGUCCAGAGCAGAAGCAGCAUGCAGGUGAACGUAUGUUUAGGGUAUUAGACAGGGGGAAAUCGUCACCAGGUAUCCAAUAUAGACAGAAUCAGAGAACAUGACGUCACUUCUUUGAACCUCAUUUUUCUCAUCUGUAAAAUGGAAAUAAUGUGUCUAUUCAUAGUAGUUAUAAUAAUUAUUUGAAAUAAUGCAUAUAAGGUUUGUAGCAUAAUGCCUGGCAUUUAUUUAAUAGUUGAUAUAUUUUAAUUUCUUUUAUACAUUCUCAUUUUGUCAACUUGCUAUUGUAAAAGUGUUUACUAUUCAUUAUCCAAAGGAAAAAUAUCACAUAUACCCAGAAAAAGAUGUGAAUAUAUUGAUUGCUUUCUUUUCUCAGACAUGAUAAAAGUAUACAUUUUGAACUUAUGAAGGCUGAAAAUCUUUGCUCUGAAUUUUUCCUUUGCAACUUUCUUAAGACUGUAACUGGUAUAUUUGGCAAUAACACUUCUGUUAUCAUUUAGGUUGCUUCAUGAUGCAAGUAAAAGAAAACUGGACUUAAGUAAGAAAAGGAUUUUUUUUUUUUUUUUUUUUUUUUUGGUUAACAGGUCUCAAGUGUGGCUGGCUGGCUUCGAGCAAGUCUUGAUCCCAGGGGUUCCUUGUGUCAUUGUAACCACCCAACGGGUUCAUCUUGCCCGCUGCCCAGACAGUGGAUUCAUCAAGACAAAGGAAUUGCAAUAAAGAGUUUAAUUCACACAGAGCUGGCUAAACAGGAGACCAGAGUUUUAUUAUUACUUAAAGCAGUCUCCUGAAAAUUCAGAGACUGGGAUUUUUAAAGGAUAAUUUGGGGGAGUAGGAGACCAGGGAGCGGGGAGAAUUGAUGGCUCUGGUGUGACAUGAAAUCACAGGGAGCUGAAACUGUCCUCUUGCACUGAGUCAGUUCUUGGGUGGGGGCUACAGGACUAGAUGAGCCAGUUUAUCCAUCUGAGUGAUGCCAGCUGAUCCAUGAGUGCGGGGUCUGAAAAACAUCUUAAGCACCAAUCUUGGGUUUUACAAUAGUGAUGUUAUCCUUAGGAACAAUUGGGGAGGUUUAGAAUCUUGUGGCCUCUAGCUGCAUGAUUCCUAAACUGUAAUUUCUAAUCUUGUGGCUAAUUUGUUAGCCCUAAAAAGGCAGUCUGGUCCCCAGGCCAGAAAGGGGUUUGUUUUCAGAAUGAGCUGUUAUCAUCUUUGUUUCAAAGUUACACUAUAAACUAAGUUCCUCCCAGAGUUAGUUCUGCCUAUGCCCAGGAAUGAACAAGGACAGCUUGGAGCUUAGAAGCAAGAUGGAGUUGGUUAGGUCAGAUCUCUUUCACUGUCAUAAUUUUCUCAGUUGUAAUUUUUGCAAAGGUGGUUUCAUCACUAGGACUCUCUGUCUUCACUAAAAGUCUGUGUUGUCCAUGUCAAGCAUUAUUCAUUCAAAAAUAAAGAGAGGAAGAAAAAAAAAGACUUCCCUUUUCCCUUAGAAUCAGAAAAUUAGUCUUGAAUGAGAUCUAUGGACUCUCUCAGUUGGAAAUGAGGUCAAACUGACUUCCUUAAGGUCCUGUCUUAGUAACUCAAAAUACUCAACUUAAAAUAGAACUGAAACAUAAACUUAGAUUUUACUUCACUGCUCAGGGGAGGAACAUAAGUGUUAACUAAACCCCCAAGGUAAGAAAGGUAGCAAGAUAAAUCACCCAAAGAUCACAGAAUGCCCAAUUCAUAUACAGAAUUGUGCUAUUGUUAUUGUCAAGAAAUUUAUCACCUUGUCAUACAAGACCAACACUGUUGAAAUAGCUAUUAAAACACUGUAGGAAGUACUAAAUUUUCAAAUAAAUUUUAAAUUUCAAGUGAACUCUUUGAAGGCAGAACCCAAUUUUAUCUUUUAUAUAACAGGUACCCAAUAAAUGUUGGUUAAUGGAAUACAAAUAACAUUUGCAGCUGGUCACUUGUGAGGAAAUUGUUUUCCACAUUUUUCUCUAAAAUUUUUAAUUAACUAUUACUAUUAAACUGAGUCUACAUGAUAGAUGGAAAAGCUUGACUCUGGAGUUUUAGGUUGAGUUCCACUUUUACUAGCUGUGUGAUCUUGGAACAGUUUAUUAGUCUUCUAAAUUACUGUUCCUUACUGUGGAUAAGAGAAUUCAUGUGGGUUACAAUCAGAAUUAAACCAGAUAAUGUCUACAAAAAGUUUUCUAUGAACUAUUUAAAAAGGUAAGGAAUUAUCAGUCGAAUGUAUUCUGAUUUAAACUGAAUUGUGUUCGAAUUGGCCUUGAGUGACGAUUUGGUCUAGAAAGCCUAUCUUCAGAACAUCACACACACACAAAAAUCCAAUUACUUACAAUGAUUUUUCUGAGAUGGAAUCUCGCUCUGUCGCCCAGGCUGCAGUGCAGUGGCACAAUCUUGGCUCACUGCAGCCUCCGCCACUGGGUUCAAGCUAUUCUCCCGCCUCAGCCUCCAAGUAGCUGGCAUUACAGGCUCGCACCACCAUGCCUGGCUAAUUUCAAAUUUUUAGUAGAGACGGGGUUUCACCAUGUUGGCCAGGCUGGUCUCAAAAUCCUAGCCUCAAGCAAUCCACCGACUCGGCCUCCCAAAGUAUUGGGAUUACAGGCAUGAGCCACCCCGCCUGGCCAAUGAUCUUCCUAAACAGAAAUCUGAUCACAUAACUUCCCAUUACAGAGUCUAACCCUAACCCUGUGCCUACAACAUAGUCAAAACUCUUUAGCAAGGCAGAUGACCUCAAGCAGGAUUUCACUGCCUCUUUGUCACAGCACUUAACAAGCUGUGAUGUAUUUAUUUUUAUUCGUCUACACAGGUCUUCCCUACUAGAUUCUGAGUUUCAGAAGAAAGGCCUCUAACUCGAGGUUCAUGAAUGGACCUGCACAAGGGGGCGGACGGGCUGUUAACCACCACAUCCUGAAGUCCUGCCUUUUUUUCCCCCAAAAAGCCCGUAUGCUGUGCCGUUAACGUUCAUAAAAAAGUCCUUGUCGAACGUUUUAAACAGCCAAGGUGUUUCAGCUUUAAUAAAAGCUGAAAGUUUGGCAAUACCAAACAGGUCACCAAGCCACAGUCCGCUUCUUGGCCUCCUCUUUGGUAUCAGAGUUCGGCUGGCGGGUUCCUGUGGCCUCUUAAACAAGGACCUCAUUUUGGGAGCCAUUCGAGAGAUUUUUUCUCAUCAUCUAAAGUAGCAUUCUCGCCUUGCACAGCUGAAAGUCAUUUCUCGAAAUCGGAGCGCCAGAAGCGACAGGAGCCACUCCAGGCCCCGGGGAAGCGAGCAAAGGGGCAGCGGGCCGCGUUUGCCAACGUAGGCCUCUCGGGUCCCGCGCCGUUCUGGGCCUUCUCCGUGUUUCCGGCGCCGCCCUCGGGGUCCCUUACAGAGGGCGGGAGGCGGGUGGAGAGACGGGGCAGGAAGCAGGCGGGAUCGGCCCGGGAAGAACCCGUUCUGGGACCCUCUAGAAAUCCCAGACACCCCUCCCGGGCUGACAGCGCCUGCCUUAGAGCCCGACGCGCUCAUCGAAUUUAGAUUGACUCCUUCGGCUCUCCGUUUUCCUUCUCUAAGGGAAGGGUGGGACUUCCUAUUUUAUCUCUGAGCGGCUUCCGGCAAGAGCUGAUGUGUUAAAAACAAGACAGCACAUGGGCCUGCCGGCCACUCGGAUAAAAAACAAGGAACUCGACCUGGAUUGUACUAAACCAGUUCCAAGAUUCUGUUUUUCGGUUGUGGCGUCCGGCGCUGCAUCCACUACGGAGUCGCCUUGGAAGCCACCGGAAGUCCUUCAACGGAGAAAUAGGAUGUCCCGCCUCUUCCUCCCAAAGGGAAGACGGUGAGCCGGAGGAGUCAGUCAGAGGGGCGAGCAGGAGCGAUUCCGUCGCCAAACAGGUUAUGAGUGCCAGUGAGCCGCCUUAGAUAGAAGCAUCGUCAGCACUUUAUUAAUGAUGGAUAGUGAGAAUAAACGCGAAAAUGACGAGGAUGAAAAGAUAAACAAAGAAGCACAAGACUUGACAAAGCUUUCAUCCCAUAAUGAAGAUGGUGGGCCUGUAUCUGAUGUGAUAGCAAGUUUCCCUGAGAAUUCUAUGGGCAAAAGAGGUUUUUCAGAAUCAUCGAACUCUGAUAGUGUUGUUAUAGGAGAAGACAGAAAUAAACAUGCUUCCAAACGCAGGAAAUUAGAUGAGGCAGAGCCCCGUAAAUCUGGAAAGCAAGGUAUUUGUAGAUUAGAAACUUGUGAGAGCUCAGUCACAGAAGAGGGUAUUGCAUUAGAUGAAACAGGGAAGGAGACCUUUCUGAGUGACUGCACAGUUGGAGGCACAUGUCUCCCAAAUGCCCUCUCCCCUUCUCGCAAUUUUAGCACUAUUGAUGUUGUUUCUCUGAAAACAGACACUGAAAAAACAUCUGCUCAGGAAAUGGUUUCCCUUGAUCUGGAAAGAGAAUCUCCUUUCCCCCUGAAAGAAAUUAGUGUUAGUUGUACCAUUGGGAAUGUAGAUACAGUUCUCAAAUGCAGCAUCUGUGGGCAUUUGUUUUCUUCUUGCUCUGACUUGGAAAAACAUGCUGAGUCUCACAUGCAGCAGCCUAAGGAACAUACCUGUUGUCACUGCAGCCACAAAGCAGAGAGCAGCUCAGCACUACAUAUGCAUAUCAAACAAGCACAUGGGCCACAGAAGGUCUUUUCUUGUGAUCUUUGUGGUUUUCAGUGUUCAGAAGAAAACCUGUUGAACGCACAUUAUCUUGGCAAAACACAUCUCCGUCGUCAGAAUCUGGCUGCUCGUGGAGGAUUUGUACAGAUCUUAACAAAACAACCUUUUCCUAAAAAAUCACGUACAAUGGCAACAAAAAAUGUUCACUCAAAACCAAGAACUUCUAAACCAAUAGCAAAGAAUAGUGAUUCAAAAGGAUUACGAAAUGUGGGAAGCACGUUUAAAGAUUUCAGAGGAAGUAUUUCUAAACAAAGUGGUAGUAGCAGUGAGCUUCUUGUUGAAAUGAUGCCUUCCAGAAAUACUUCGUCACAGGAAGUAGAGAUUGUUGAAGAACAUGUUACUUCCCUUGGUCUAGCUCAGAAUCCUGAAAACCAGAGUAAAAAGCUAAACACCUUAGUAACCUCAGAGGGUCUCUUAGAGAAAUUGGAAUCUACAAAAAAUACCCUUCAGGCAGCACACGGUAACAGUGUAACCUCGAGGCCAAGACCCGAGCGAAAUAUUCUCGUGCUGGGUAAUAGCUUUCGUCGACGAAGCAGCACUUUCACCUUGAAGGGCCAGGCAAAGAAAAGGUUUACUCUUUUAGGAAUUAAAAGAGGUACAAGUGAAACUCAGAGGAUGUAUAUGAAACACUUGAGAACACAGAUGAAAACACACGAUGCAGAGUCAGUGCUGAAACACCUGGAAGCGUGCAGCAGUGUACAGAGAGUGUGUGUGACUACCUCAGAAACCCAGGAGGCAGAGCAGGGCCGGAGGAGUGCCCGUCCUCCGGACUCCGGGCUGCACUCCCUGACAGUGAAGCCAGCUUCUGACUCUCAGACGUUGUGUGCUUGUACAGACUGUGGGCAAGUAGCUACAAAUAGGACAGAUUUGGAAAUCCAUGUGAAAAGGUGCCAUGCCGGAGAGAUGACAUUUUACUGCCGUACUUGUGACUUCUCUAGUAUGUCAAGAAGGGACUUAGAUGAACAUUUGCACAGUAACCAGCAUCAGCAGACUGCUUCUGUCCUGAGUUGUCAGUGUUGUUCAUUUAUAUCCUUGGAUGAAAUAAAUCUUAGAGACCACAUGAAGGAAAAGCACAAUAUGCAUUUUCUUUGCACCCCUUGUAAUCUGUUCUUUUUGUCUGAAAAAGAUGUGGAAGAACACAAGGCCACCGAGAAGCAUAUUAAUUCAUUGGUUCAACCAAAGACUUUGCAAUCAUCUAACAGUGAUUUGGUUUUACAGACUUUACCUUUGAGUACUUUAGAAUCAGAAAACGCAAAAGAGUCUAUGGAUGACUCAGGAAAAGCAUCUCAGGAAGAACCUGUGAAGUCCAGGGUAAGCCAUGGUAAUGAAGUGAGGCAUUCCAGUAAGCCUCAGUUUCAGUGUAAGAAGUGUUUUUAUAAAACAAGAUCUUCUACUGUUCUCACGAGACAUAUAAAGCUUCGGCAUGGUCAAGACUAUCAUUUUCUUUGUAAAGCUUGUAAUCUUUAUUCAUUGAGCAAAGAAGGAAUGGAGAAACACAUUAAAAGAAGCAAGCAUCUUGAAAAUGCUAAGAAAAAUAAUAUUGGCUUAAGCUUUGAAGAAUGUAUUGAAAGGGUAUGUAUAGGUACAAAUGAUAAAAAAGAAGAGUUUGAUGUUUCCGGAAAUGGAAGGAUUGAAGGCCAUAUAGGUGUGCAAUUACCAGAGCAUUCCUAUCUUGAGAAGGGCAUGCUGGCGUCUGAGGAACUGUCACAGUCUGGUGGUAGCACCAAAGAUGAUGAAUUAGCUUCAACCACUACUCCAAAGAGAGGGAGACCUAAAGGUAACAUCUCACGGACGUGUUCACACUGUGGCCUUUUGGCCUCUAGUAUUACAAACUUGACUGUUCACAUUAGACGAAAACACAGUCACCAGUAUAGUUAUUUAUGCAAAGUGUGUAAGUAUUACACUGUAACUAAGGGAGAUAUGGAACGUCAUUGUGCCACCAAGAAACAUAAAGGACGGGUAGAAAUAGAAGCAAGUGGAAAACACAGUUCAGAUAUCAUUGUUGGCCCUGAAGGGGGUAGCCUUGAAGCUGGUAAAAAGAAUGCUGGCUCAGCAGUGACCAUGUCAGAUGAACAUGCUAACAAACCAGCUGAGUCACCCACCUCCGUUUUAGAAAAGCCAGAUCGUGGAAACUCAGUUGAAGCUGAAGUUGAAAAUGUAUUUCAUUCUCUAGAUGGAGAAGUUAACAGCCAUCUUCUUGAUAAAAAGGAGCAAAUAUCUUCAGAGCCAGAGGACUUUGCCCAGCCGGGGGAUGUGUACUCCCAGAGAGAUGUUACAGGCACAGGUGAGAAUAAGUGUUUGCACUGUGAGUUUAGUGCUCACUCCUCUGCUUCUCUAGAGCUGCAUGUAAAACGGAAACAUACAAAAGAGUUUGAGUUUUAUUGCAUGGCAUGCGAUUACUACGCGGUGACUCGUCGCGAGAUGACCAGGCAUGCAGCAACAGAGAAGCACAAAAUGAAAAGGCAGUCUUAUCUCAACUCUGCUAAUGUAGAAGCUGGUUCUGCAGACAUGUCCAAAAACAUCAUUAUGCCUGAAGAAGAGCAUCAACAAAAUUCUGAGGAAUUUCAAAUAAUUUCAGGUCAACCAUCUGAUACUCUUAAAUCUAGAAAUGCUGCAGAUUGCUCUAUUUUAAAUGAGAAUACUAAUUUAGAUAUGUCUAAAGUGCUCUGCGCUGCUGACUCUGUAGAAGUUGAGACUGAAGAAGAAUCUAAUUUCAAUGAAGACCAUUCCUUUUGUGAGACUUUCCAACAGGCUCCUGUCAAGGAUAAAGUUAGGAAACCCGAGGAGAUGAUGUCACUUACUAUGUCCUCAAACUAUGGCUCCCCAAGCAGAUUUCAAAAUGAAAAUUCAGGAAGCUCUGCCUUAAAUUGUGAGACAGCAAAGAAAAACCAUGAGAUAUCGAAUGAUGCAGGUGAGCUGCGUGUCCAUUGUGAGGGUGAAGGAGGAAACACAGGAGACGGUGGAGGUGUUGUCCCCCACAGACACCUGUGCCCUGCGAUGCUUGAUGGGGAGCGCUCGGCUGAAAGCCCUGCGCUCGUUGUGACAAGAAUAACCAGAGAACAGGGAAAUCUGGAGAGCGGGGGUCAGAACAGAGUUGCACGUGGGCAUGGUUUGGAAGACUUGAAAGGUGUCCAAGAAGAUCCCGUUCUGGAGAAUAAGGAAAUUCUGAUGAAUUCACAACAUGAAACAGAAUUUAUUUUGGAGGAGGAUGGCCCAGCUUCUGAUAGCACAGUUGAAAGUAGUGAUGUCUAUGAAACUAUAAUUAGUAUUGAUGAUAAAGGGCAGGCCAUGUACAGUUUUGGUCGAUUUGACUCCUCCAUAAUAAGAAUAAAGAACCCUGAAGAUGGUGAGUUGAUAGACCAGUCUGAAGAGGGCUUGAUAGCAACGGGAGUGAGAAUUAGUGAGCUGCCCUUGAAAGACUGUGCUCAAGGUGUGAAAAAGAAGAAAUCUGAGGGCAGUUCCAUUGGUGAGUCUACACGAAUUCGCUGUGAUGAUUGUGGCUUCUUAGCAGAUGGACUGAGUGGACUGAAUGUUCACAUAGCCAUGAAGCAUCCUACAAAAGAGAAGCACUUCCAUUGUUUACUCUGUGGAAAGUCGUUCUAUACCGAAAGCAACCUUCACCAGCAUCUGGCUAGUGCCGGCCACAUGAGAAAUGAGCAGGCCAGUGUGGAGGAGCUUCCGGAGGGAGGGGCCACCUUUAAAUGUGUCAAGUGCACAGAGCCCUUUGAUUCUGAACAGAAUUUAUUUCUACAUAUUAAAGGACAGCAUGAGGAAUUGCUGCGGGAGGUGAAUAAGUAUAUAGUGGAAGACACUGAGCAAAUCAACCGCGAGAGGGAGGAAAACCAGGGAAACGUCUGCAAGUAUUGUGGGAAGAUGUGUCGAAGCAGCAACUCGAUGGCCUUCCUGGCACAUAUUCGCACUCAUACAGGAUCAAAACCAUUCAAGUGCAAGAUAUGCCAUUUUGCAACAGCUCAGCUUGGAGAUGCCAGAAACCAUGUGAAAAGGCACCUUGGGAUGAGGGAAUACAAGUGUCAUGUCUGUGGGGUCGCUUUUGUAAUGAAGAAGCACUUAAAUACUCAUCUACUAGGCAAGCAUGGAGUUGGCACCCCAAAAGAAAGGAAAUUUACAUGCCACUUAUGUGAUAGAAGUUUCACAGAGAAGUGGGCCCUGAACAACCACAUGAAACUCCACACGGGAGAAAAGCCGUUUAAAUGUACCUGGCCCACGUGCCAUUACUCAUUCCUCACAGCCUCCGCAAUGAAAGACCACUACAGGACGCACACAGGCGAGAAGUCGUUUCUGUGUGACCUCUGCGGCUUUGCCGGCGGGACCCGCCACGCCCUCACCAAGCAUCGCAGACAGCACACAGGAGAAAAACCUUUCAAGUGCGAUGAGUGUAACUUUGCCUCCACAACUCAGUCCCAUUUGACUCGGCAUAAACGUGUCCACACUGGAGAAAAGCCCUACAGAUGCCCCUGGUGUGACUACAGGUCAAACUGUGCUGAAAAUAUCCGCAAACACAUUCUGCAUACUGGCAAACACGAAGGAGUCAAGAUGUACAACUGUCCCAAGUGUGACUACGGGACCAACGUCCCGGUGGAGUUCCGGAACCAUUUGAAGGAACAGCAUCCUGACAUCGAAAACCCGGACCUCGCUUACCUGCAUGCUGGCAUUGUUUCCAAGUCCUACGAGUGCCGUCUAAAGGGACAAGGAGCCACCUUUGUGGAGACGGACAGCCCCUUCACCGCGGCGGCCUUGGCAGAAGAGCCCCUCGUCAAGGAGAAGCCCCUCAGAAGCAGCAGGAGGCCAGCGCCGCCCCCUGAGCAGGUGCAGCAGGUCAUCAUCUUCCAGGGCUACGACGGGGAGUUUGCCCUGGACCCCUCGGUGGAGGAGACGGCCGCCGCCACACUGCAGACACUGGCCAUGGCCGGCCAGGUGGCCCGGGUGGUGCACAUCACGGAGGAUGGCCAGGUCAUCGCAACGAGUCAGAGCGGGGCACAUGUAGGCAGCGUGGUGCCCGGACCCAUCCUCCCCGAGCAGCUGGCUGAUGGAGCCACCCAGGUGGUCGUAGUGGGGGGCUCCAUGGAAGGCCACGGCAUGGAUGAGUCCCUCAGUCCAGGUGGCGCUGUGAUACAACAGGUGACCAAGCAGGAGAUUUUAAACCUCUCGGAGGCUGGAGUCGCUCCCCCCGAGGCAUCCUCAGCCCUGGAUGCAUUGCUCUGUGCGGUCACUGAAUUAGGGGAGGUGGAGGGCAGGGCUGGGCUCGAGGAGCAAGGCAGGCCCGGCGCCAAAGACGUGCUGAUCCAGCUGCCCGGGCAGGAGGUCUCCCAUGUGGCUGCCGACCCCGAGGCCCCCGAGAUCCAGAUGUUCCCACAGGCCCAGGAAAGCCCGGCUGCCGUGGAGGUGCUCACCCAGGUGGUCCAUCCCUCAGCAGCCAUGGCCUCUCAGGAGCGGGCACAGGUGGCCUUCAAGAAGAUGGUCCAGGGCGUCCUCCAGUUUGCUGUGUGUGACACGGCCGCGGCCGGCCAGUUGGUCAAGGACGGUGUCACCCAGGUGGUGGUGAGCGAAGAGGGUGCCGUCCACAUGGUCGCCGGAGAGGGUGCCCAGAUCAUCAUGCAGGAGGCGCAGGGCGAGCACAUGGAUCUGGUGGAGUCCGACGGGGAGAUCUCGCAGAUCAUCGUGACGGAGGAGCUGGUCCAGGCCAUGGUGCAGGAGUCCAGUGGUGGCUUCUCCGAGGGCACCACGCACUACAUCCUGACAGAGCUGCCCCCGGGGGUGCAGGAUGAGCCAGGCCUGUACUCCCACACCGUGCUGGAGACUGCGGACUCGCAGGAACUCCUGCAGGCCGGGGCCACGCUAGGCACAGAGGCCGGGGCCCCAAGCAGGGCAGAGCAGCUGGCCAGCGUGGUCAUCUACACCCAGGAGGGCUCCCCGGCCGCGGCGGCAAUUCAGAGCCAAAGAGAAAGCAGCGAACUCCAGGAAGCAUGAGACGCACGGCACCUUUACUCAGCACAGGGCAGGUGUGGGAAGGUCCAGCUUCGGUGGGGGACUGUGUUCCCUGAGCUUCAUCUGAAACCUUCAAAACCAUGAGGACAAGGCUCCCGUGAGCUCUGAGCAUGCCCUCCCAGCGAGAGUCACACUGGCCACCAGCCAGGCGCCCACAGAGGGUACCGUGGGCUGGGCCUCGGGGAGCAGGCUGCCAAGUGCGUGGGCUGGGCCUCGGGGAGCAGGCUGCCAAGUGCGUGGGAGGGCCGGGCACAGGCCGCACAGGGAGCUCCGUCCACUGGGGGCCCUUCGAUCGAUGGCCUCCCGCUUGGUCCUGGCCGCUGUGCUGAAGAGAAGCCAAGUGUUGUUGGUGGUUUUCUCUCCCGAGUGUUUUCCCAUUUCAGUUAUCAGAAAGUCAUGGCCGUGGGGAAAGUGGUGAAGAUACCCCUCGUGGCUUGGGGUGCACCUGCUUGUGCAGUCAGCAUGUAGCUGCCUUUCCAUUUCAUUCUCUACUGGGCUAAGAAUUGCAGCUACGAGUGUUACCAUCUUGAAGCAGUCCACUUCCAUUCAAUUUUUUUUUUAAUUUUAGAAUAACAGUGUCCCCAUACCAAAGGAAGCCUGCUAGCUCAUUUCAUGUAUAAAUUUCCCAUCUUCAAACAGUGUAGGUGUAUUUGUUGCUCUGGUCACAUUCUGCAUAAAAGAAAUCCUCUUAAGCCUAUGGUUAAGAAAAGCCUUGAAGUUUAUAUUCAGUUAAAAUAUAUGUCGGUGGAGAUAGCCAGUGCUUCUAAUUUUGACUUAGUUUCAUACAAUAAAGCCUAAAUGUGAAACGCACACGCUGGAAGAUAUUGUUCCUAUCAAUAUUUUGCUUUUUAUAACAAGGGUUUGUUCAUAUUGAUGCCAUUUUUGCAGGAUUUCUUCGUGAUUUCUGUCCAUAUGAAAAUGCUGACAUUAAACAUUAACACAUGGAGACCGUGCCCUGUGGCCCUGCCAUGGCUGCCAGCAUGGUCUGUGUUUCCUUGUGGAUUCACCUGUGGCCCUGCCGUGGCCACCAGCAUGGUCUGUGUCCUCGUGGAUUCACUGCAACUGUCAGAUGCGAGUUUCUGUCAUAAUCAUUUGUUUCCUGAUACAAUUGUUCUUAUUCUUUUCCAAAACUGUAAAAUAUUCUCCUCUCUCAAAUGCAAAGGUUGUUUUUGUUCUGUUUCUGUUUUCUUUGAAAUAAAAUUAUAGCAUUAAAAGAU